AGGCCAGUCAGGUUAGUUUGUUUGGUUUGUCCGUUUAGAAUUUGGUUUGUAACCUGUACUCUCCUCAAAUCAGUGAAAUUUGUUCCCUCUGCCCGUGGAUUAGCUAGCACACAUUGUGUUAGUGAACCACAUUAAAUUUGUGUUCGUUUGUAUUGGUUUAGAUUAUCGAUUGCACGCUUCUGUUCUGACAAGUGGUAUCAGAGCAUUUGGUUGCGGUUUUGGGAAUUUGGCGCUAGACUGAAGUUUUGCUUUAUGGAGUUUGGUUGGAGUUUGUUUGAUAGUAAGAAUGGCUGCUAUCAGUAUGAAGAUUGAGAAGUUUACAGGAAGAAACAAUUUCAAUUUGUGGCAGAUCAAGAUGCAAGCACUGUUGAAACAACAGGGUUUGUGGGCUCCGUUGUCAGGAAAAUCGAAGAAGGAAAGUAUAGAUGAAGAAGAGUGGAUUACUUUGGAGGAGAAAGCUCACUCUACAAUCUUGCUUUGUUUGGCUAAUGAUAUCAUCACUGAGGUUGCUACUGAGAAGACUGCUGCGGGUUUGUGGUUGAAGCUUGAAAGUCUAUACAUGACAAAGUCUUUAACCAACAAGUUGCAUAUGAAGCAACGUUUGUUCAGUUUGCAUAUGGAGGAAGGUACAUCUCUCAGAAAUCAUCUAGAUCAACUCAAUACUAUCUUGUUAGAUCUGCGGAAUAUUGAUGUUAAAAUAGAUGAUGAGGAUGCUGCCUUAAUUCUGUUAGUAUCUUUGCCACAGUCAUAUGAGAAUUUUGUGGAUUCUUUUAUUGCUGGGAAAGAUAGUUUGUCUUUGGAAGAUGUCAGAUCUGCUCUACAUACAAGAGAGGUUCGACAUAAGGCAUCUGGUUCAGGUUCGGAAAAUCAGGCAUCUGGGUUGGCUUCUACGAGUAGUAGGAGACAACAAUCUGGUAAUAGGAAGGCGAAUACAAAUUCAAAUUCUGCUGGUUUGAAGGAUGAUAUAUGUCAUUACUGUAAGGAGAAAGGACAUUGGAAAUUCGAUUGUCCUAAAUUGAAGAAAUAUCAGGAGAAGAAGGAAUCAUCUGUUGUUGUGGCGGAAGAAACUAACUCUGAUUUUGAAGAUGGUUUAGCCUUAGCAGUGAAUGAACAGGUACAUCAUCAAGAUGUGUGGUAUUUAGAUACUGCAGCUGAUUAUCAUAUGUGUCCAAGCAAGGAGUGUUUUUCAACUUAUGAGAAGAUAGAUGGAGGACAUGUUUCUAUGGCCAAUGGUGUUAUCUGUAAGAUUGUUGGAAGAGGCUCCGUCAGGAUGAGGACACAUGAUGGUUCUAUUCGCACCUUGAACAAUGUUAGACAUAUUCCAGAGAUGACUAAGAAUCUGAUAUCUUUGAGUCUACUCGACAACAAGGAAUUCAGUUUCAAAGGUGAAGGUGGAGUGUUGUUUGUCUACAAGGGUUCUAAGGUGAUUUUGAAAGGUGUCAAAUGUGGUGCCUUGUAUGGUCUACAAGGUUCUGUUUUGACAUGUUCUGCUGGUGAUAAGUGCACCAAGUUGGUUCUGAAUGACAAGUCUCAAUAUGGAUUGGACUUGCCGAAUGGUUUGAGUUGUUGACCGCCCUUAGGGGCAUUUGGAGGCAUGAGAGAUUCUGGUACAGCUGAUUUGGAGGAGUUACAUUUUCUGAUUGCGUCUGAGUUUGGCGAUUUGCAUCGAGUUUGAGUUUAGUGAUUUCGAUCACAUUUGGAUAUCUGGCGAUUUCGAUCGCAUCUGGGUAAAUUUGGUGAUAUGGAUCGUGUUUGGGUACAUCUGGCAACUUUGGUUGCGUCUGGUACAUCUGGUAUUUGAGAGAGAAUUCAAGUCAAGGUGGAGAUUGCUAGAAUAUGACUUGAAUUUGAUUUGGGUUUGUUUUGUGUUUGAGGCCUAUUCUGUUUCGGUUUGGGAUUGGGUUUUGUUUUGACCUUUUCCUUGUAUGUUUGGGAAAAGGUGUUUGGUUUCUGUUUGGGAUUAGGAGAAGAGUUCUAUUAAUACUCUUCAUCAUCCUAGUCUGUAGUAAGGUCAGUCAGGUUAGUUUGUUUGGUUUGUCCGUUUAGAAUUUGGUUUGUAACUUGUACUCUCCUCAAAUCAGUGAAAUUUGUUCCCUCUGCCGGUGGAUUAGCUAGCACACAUUGUGUUAGUGAACCACAUUAAAUUUGUGUUCGUUUGUAUUGGUUUAGAUUAUCGAUUGCACGCUUCUGUUCUGACAGAAUCCACAAAGUAUUUCUACUUAGCUCGUCAAGCGAAGUAGCUAUCAACGGCUUUAGCAUGACAACUAUAACAUCAAGCCAUGGUAAACUGCCAAAGCUUCUACUGUAGUGUAGCGCCUUUGCCAGACUUUCCAAUUGAACACGCUGCGGGCGAUGCACCCAGGCGCUCCUCGUCGAGCAGAGGUAUCAUUCCCGGGUUGGGUUAGGGGCAGAUAAAGAAUCUGGUCUCAUCCAAACAAACGACAAGUGGAAAGCGGAUGAACAGUGGGCGGAAGCCAAACGAAGAAAAAGAGAAUGGAUCAUGUCUUUCCAGCUGUUAACCAAGAACAGAUUUGGGGUUAUAUGAGAAGAUAAUAACACGAUUUUACAGUUUUAUCAUAAUUUUUUUGUGAACGUACAAGAAAUGUGAUAAAUUUUU